GUGCGUGCGUGCGCGUGCACCGUUUUGCAUCCGUACUUGUGCGCAUGCGCGUGUAUUUACAAAUUAUCUAGACGGGUGGGGCUUUGCAUUAGGCAUGAGAAAUCAGUCUAAGUUGUGAGCAAAGUAACCAAUCGGACAAAUUUACCUAAAGAUUUCAAGAACAUUUUUCAAAAAUUUGUUUGCCCGUCAGAGUUUCUGAACUCCGAGGCAACGCAGAACGUAAACAUUUUCGACGUCAACAAACUCUCCCCCGACAUCGGACAACGAAAUUCGUGUUGCUUUUCCUAUUGACUAACAAUUAUGAAAUCACUCACUUAUUGAAAACAACUCGCUUGCACCUCCUGUCGCAAUACCAUCAGUGAAUUCAAUAGUAGAGACACACACACACACACUCGCUGCUCUCCCACUACGUAGUACUCGUCACUCACUCAAUUUCUCCAUGUCAUACAGCCAUCUCAAUCACAGCAGCAGUCGGCAGACGUCGGCGCGGCAAGAAAAUUCGAGUCUGGAGGCGCCAGAGAAUGCGAACGCAAACCCCAGCGACAGACCGUCUUCACAUCGAGGCCAACGGACGGGAAGGAGGCAACAGAGAGGCAGAGGCGCGGGCAGAGCGAGAGGAAGGCCUAGAGGUCGGAAUUAUACGACGAGGCCACGUGAAUCUGCGAAAGAAAAUCACGAGGAGCAGAAUUCGGAUGAUGGCGGCAAGAGCAAGAGUGGCGGGCAUGUCGUCAGUGGCGGUAGGAGAUAUCCGAGAGGACGCUUGACGGCUGGAAAAGGCGAGGAUGGUAAUGAUGGGAGUUGUGAUGAGAAGAAUAGACGUGGAGGUUCAAGAGAUGGAAAUGAAAGCAGAGGAGUUGGUGCUUACUACUCGUCCUCAUUUACUAAGGAGUCAAGAGAGUUACACAGACGUCCAGUGCAGAGUCGAAGAUAUUCGAGAAGAGUUAGAGAUUUUGGCAGAAAGACGAUGGGCAGAUAUCAGACGAACUCCAGAGACCAAAUUGAACAAUCUGUACAAUCCGGUGAACUGACUGAACAGCUACUUCAGUGUUCAUAUGACUGUGUUGUGUGCUGUGAGACGGUACGACCAAAGGAUAGUGUAUGGAAUUGCCUGAGCUGUUAUCACUUGUUCCAUCUCAACUGCAUACAGAAGUGGGCUCGGUCAUCAGCCGCACCAACAGAUGAGUCUGACAACAGUAAGAACUGGCGAUGUCCGUGUUGUCAGAACUCGUACCACAAGAUCCCGUCAAUUUAUUAUUGCUUUUGUGGUAAAGUGAAGAACCCGUCACAUGACGCAAAAGACUCAUACGGCUACAUUUGUCCUCACAGUUGUGGAGACGUCUGUGGUAAACAGCGUGACACAGAAGGCUGCAUUCACAAAUGCACCAUGCUCUGUCAUCCUGGUCCCUGUCCUCGGUGUCCGGCAGUUGUAAACGCAUGCUGCCCAUGUGGGAAAACCAUAUCACGAGUUCAGUGUAGCCAAGCAUCACGAGUGGGAUCUUGUGGUCAAAUCUGUGGAAAACAACGAGACUGCGGCAGACACACAUGCAAUCAACCUUGUCAUACUGGUUUGUGUCAACCAUGUGAGCAAUCAUUAACCUUGACAUGUUUUUGCUGCAAGACGAAAAAGAUGGUUUCGUGUUCAUCGAUGUCUGUGACUGACAAUGGAUUCUCUUGUGGUGAACCAUGUGGAAGACCUCUCGACUGUAAGAAUCAUAGUUGUGAACAACAGUGCCAUCCUGAUGGCUGUCCAAGUUGUCCACUUCUUCCUCGAUCUGUGCAUCGCUGCCCAUGCAGUCAGACUCCUAUCAUUGAGCUCCUGGCCAAGCCUAGAACUUCCUGUCUCGAUCCUAUACCAACAUGUGACAAUGUGUGUGGUAAACAGCUGACAUGUGGUAAUCUUUGUCAAGGUAGAUCACACUAUUGUCAGUCCAGGUGUCAUGUUGUUGCUUGUCCACCGUGUGUAAUGGUGACUCAAGCGAGAUGUCAGUGUGGCCAAACAGUGAAGGAAAUCCCAUGCAGCGAGUUUUGUCCGAAUGAAGUAUUAGUGUGCGAUCGUCUCUGUAACAAGAAAAAGAACUGUGGCCGACAUCGCUGUAGCCAACGAUGCUGCUCAGACACCGAGCAUUUGUGCCUGUUGCUAUGCAACAAGCUGUUACGAUGUGGCCGACACAGAUGCGAAGAACAGUGCCAUCAAGGACAUUGCCCACCAUGCUACAACGCAGGGUUCGAUGAGUUACGAUGUCAUUGUGGAGCUCAAGUCAUCUACCCUCCUAUUCCAUGUGGCACGUUGCUACCGUCUUGUGAUCAACCGUGUUUUCGGAUUCACGACUGCUCGCAUCCCGUUUUACAUAAUUGUCAUGGCGACGAGACGUGCCCACCGUGUCCGAUGUUAGUGUCGAGGAUGUGCAUGGGAGGUCAUAGGAAAUGUGCGAACAUUCCAUGUCAUAUGAAGAAAGUUAGUUGUGGCAGUGCGUGUGGAAGACUACUUGCUUGUGGUCAGCACACAUGCAAGAGGUCAUGCCACGAGGGUGCAUGUUUGGAGGGUGACUCGGUUUGUACUCAACCGUGUGCGCUUCUGCGAUCGUGUGGACACGAGUGUGGUGCAGCGUGCCAUCCAGGAAGCCCGUGUCCGAAGCUCGUUUGCAAAGUCGAUGUGAGGGCGACGUGUAAGUGUGGCCGUAAAACCGAUCUAGUCCCGUGUAUGUUUGGCAGUGAAAGCAGUUUGGGAUUCAGUAGGUUGACCACUGAACACCUGAUUACGUGCAUGCGGCAGCUCGAAUUGGGCCAGAGUUUUCGCAUUGACGCUCGCCUGCACGACACUGACGUCGGAGCCUCACAAGAGCGACUCGAAUGUGACGAGGAAUGUGCUCAAUGGCAGAGGAACAAGUUAGUAGCAGAGGCUUUGAAAAUUGACAAGGCGACUUUGUCUGCUAUGACGAGUGUUCAGUACUCACCGUUUCUAUUGGAAAAAGCAAGGAAGGAGCCUGUCAUAACGGCCAGGAUAGAGAGUGAACUCAUCAAUGUUGUGGAGAGGGCAAGGAAGUCAGACAGUGUGCGGCGAUAUGCAUUUCCCGUAAUGAAGAAAGAACAUCGGCAAAUAAUCCACGACCUCUCUGUCUACUACAACUGCCAGAGCUUUAGCCACGAUGAUGAACCGAACCGAAACGUUGGCGUGACAGCAUCAAAGGAUUCUAAGCUACCUGUGCCGACGUUAAUGGCUAGCGUAGAGAGCUCCAAGAAGGACAACCAAACGUAACGUGUUCACAACAAUACUUUACAAACAUAUUUUUGCUUGAAAUCUGUCAGACAUAGCAACUAAACUUAGCAACCGCACUAUAGGGCGUUGUACAUGUAUUUUAUAUUACCAGAGGCGUGAAACGCUAAGGUACUGUAUAGUAGUGCAGGCCGGUCACGUGAUGUACGACCGUGCCUCCUGCGUAACACAUGACCAUGCAAAUAAAUAAUGAAUUUUGUAGUG